GCCGGAGCAGAGUCCUGACCGGUGAGUAGAGUCGGAGGACUGUCUCCGCAGGUACGUAACCCUGGAGUGUCCGUACAGGGACCAAUCUCUCCACAAUGAACUUCCUCCUGGAGACCCUGCAGGUCUUGGUCUUGUCAGUGUACUUCAACCUGGAGGCCUUCCUCAAGCUCUUCAUCCCCUCGAGGAAGAAGAGCGUGGUCGGAGAGCUGGUCCUCAUCACGGGCGCCGGCAGCGGUAUCGGCCGGCUCGUGGCCCUCGAGUUCGCGCCCCUGGGCGUCUCUCUUGUCCUGUGGGACAUCAGUCAGGAGGGGAACAAGGAGACGGCCCGGCUGGCCAAGGAGAAGGGGGCCAGGAAAGUCCACACCUACGUGUGCGAUUGCAGCGAUAAAGCGGACGUGUACAGAGUUGCUGAUCAAGUGAAGAGAGAAGUGGGUGAUGUGAGCAUCCUCAUCAACAAUGCUGGUAUUGUCACAGGGAAGAAGUUCAUGGAUGCUCCAGACUCUCUCAUAGAGAAAACCUUAGAGGUCAACACCAUGGCCCACUUCUGGACAUACAAGGCAUUCCUCCCAGCUAUGAUGGCCAACAACCAUGGCCAUCUGGUCAGCAUUGCAAGCUCAGCUGGCCUCAUAGGAGUCAGUGGCCUGGCUGAUUACUGUGCCAGCAAAUUUGGUGCUAUUGGCUUUGCUGAGUCAGUGGCCUUGGAGAUGCUGACUGCUGGCAAGGAUGGGAUCAAGACGACAAUUGUGUGCCCAUAUUUUAUAAACACAGGGAUGUUUGACGGUUGCCAGACAAAGUGGCCCCGUUUGCUGCCCAUCCUGGACCCUGCCUAUGUUGCAAAGAAGAUUGUCAAUGCAAUCCUCACUGACCAGGUGUACCUGCUGCUCCCCAGAGCCAUGUAUGUGCUGAUGGCUUUCAAAAACAUUUUACCCGUGAAGCUGGGCAUGGUCCUGGGGGCCUAUUUCGGUGCUUUGAACUUCAUGGACUCCUUCAGGGGUCGCGAGAAGAAGGACAAAUGACUACUUUUGAGGAUGAAUUCUCAAAGAAUUAUACUGUAGUGCACAGUCCAUCUGAAGUAUUAUUCACAGAUGUAUGUUUUUAUCCCAGUUUUAAAUUCCUUUUACCAUGUGCCUUUUACCAUGUGAAGUAGUAGUCAACCAUGCCUUGAACACGCCGAUCAAGAAGUGUGUCUGAUGUGUAUUUGGUCAUAAUAAGUAGGAUAAACCACCACAAUGCUAUGCAAAUAGUGAAUCGUUCAUUAACUGAGCCACAAACCUCAUUCAUUUUAGCUGCUUAGCAAAGUGAGGGUGACCUGCAGUUAACACACAGUCCUUGUUCACCGUGUGACAUUUUUUUAUGACCUCUUGUGUUCUCCCUGAAGGAAAUGUUGCAAUUCUCUGAUGUACAACUGGAGGGCAUUCUUUCAUUACCUUCCUUUAUUGUCCACAUGUUCCUGCCUGAAGAAUUUCAGAUGCACUUUUUGAAAGGUUUAUUUGAAGAUAUAAAAGCUCCACUGAGUGAUCCAGUAGGACUUGCUUUUCUCGGUGAACGGUACCUGCUGAUGACCUCUGUUGGACCAAGCCUCAACCCAGUGUUUGUGCUCAUCGCUGUGCAGCUGAGCCUCUCGGGGUUGUAAUUCAGAGGAUGCUUGCAGUCUGAUUUCACAGUUAAAAACCAUGUUUCAACUGAAGCACUUCUCGUGGCUGCUCCUACCUCUCAAGUCUUUUUUCAAUUUAUCUUUAUGGAAAAGAGACCAGAGUGCAGUGUUAUGAACUCGCUGCCCAGGGCUUUGAGCGGUAGCGUCUACACUUCAUCACAUGAUUACUUUAGUUGUUCAGCACAGUCUUUUAUCCAAACAGAUGAAUGUACCGUACAAUUUUACACAUUACCAUAGCUGGGUAUUUUAAUGCAUUUCAAUUUGAAUUCCUUUCUGAAAGGAACUGUAGCAUGGCUGCUUUUUGUCCAUUUGUAG